AUGGCCGACACGCCUCCGCGGCCGCGCUGGCCGCGGCGUGGCGGCCUCGACGCGUCGCCGCCUCGGCUCACGCCGCGCCGCUCGCUCGCAGCCGGCGGCGAGGCGGCGCUGCUGCGUGAGCAGCUUGAUGCUCUCAGGGAUGAGGCCGACAGGCUGCGAGAGGAGAACCACGCCUUGCUCAAGCAGAGGGCCGCCGCCACCCCGUGCAGCUCUGCCAAAGUGUCGGCGAGCCCUUUCUAUCGAUCGAGCGAACCUGGCGGCGUGGACCUGUAUGCGCCGGCAGGAGCUGAGACGUCUGCCGGCUCCCAAAAGUCGAGCGAGCGGGAGACGCCGCGGCGCAGCCUGCUCGACGAGGACGUGACUAACCCGGAGCUGCUGCGCAACCUGUCCUCCGCCUCCCUCAUCCCCGAGGCCGAGCUCUUGCCGCCGCUCCUCGGCUCGGCACUUGUCCUUGAGCCGCGGCCCUUCUCCUCGUAG